AUGGCUACCCAUGUGUCUCGUCACCCUACCAGCCAUACUGCUCCCCGCAAGACCCUUCCCAUCACUAUGCCACCCAAGACCACAAGCUACAGCAGUCCCUACUCUAGGGCUAUGUCCCCUCCUGAACUGUCCGACACUAGCACCUCUUAUGCUGGGAGCCGGACGUCCGCCGGUUCUUACUCUGCAAGGUCCAGCUAUGCACCAAGCCACAGUGGCAGUGACGCCGAUUCGUACGCCUCCUCGUCGGGCGUCGAUAUCAUGGACGUUCUCAACGAGAAGAUGAGCACCGCGUUUGAUCCAAUGCGCAUGGAUCAUUCAUUGGUGACUCAGGCACAGACAUCCGGCGAGCUCAACGCCAAACAGCGAGAACUCGAAGAAUUGCAGGCUUACGCUCAGCGACGCCUCAAGGCCGCAAAAGUCAAUUUCGCCGAGGGUCUGGAAGUUGUUCGAGAAAUCCGAAAGGACCUCGAGUAUUCCUCCAAGAAAAUGGCCUCCAUGAAAAGCAAGGCUGAAAGGAAGCAUCCUGAGGCAUAUGCGAAAGCAAGCCGCAGCCGACAUUCUUGA